AUGUCGCUCAUAUCGCUCACAUCAGAAAUAACGACAAAUUUGAUAUUGAUUAUCCAAUUAUUAAUAAUAACAUAUGUGGCAAGAUUCUAUUAUAAAUAUUUUACCCGUCAAUCACCUCUUCCUGGUCCAUUCCCGCUCCCGUUAGUUGGUAAUUUAUUUCAAAUUGGAUUAAAUCCAGCAAAAUAUUCCAUGGAUCAUCAUGAUGAAUUCGGUGACAUGUUUGAAGUUUGGGUUGGAAGCACACGAUUUGUAAUUAUCUCACAUCCCUCAUUAAUGGAAAAAGUCUAUGCUCCAAACGCAAAUAAUAUAUUCUUUGCAAGAAUGGAUCUUCAAUAUUUGGAAAAGAUUGGAUUACAGCAUGGUUUAAUAUUUAAUAAUAAUUAUUCGACCUGGAAACGAAAUAGGAAAUUCGUUGUACAUUCGUUAAUGUCACCUAGAUUCCUUAGACAAUUCACUAAACUUUCACAAUCAUUCUUUAAUGAAAAUGAAAGAUUCUGGAAUGAGAAAGAAAUUCACAUUGAUUUCGCUAGAUGGAUAAGAAAUUUUACAACAGACAUGACCUUACAAACCAUUACACGUAGACCUUCAUGUUGUCCUAAUUCAAGCUUGUUCGGUGAAGAACACGUUGAUCCAAUCAAAUCCAAAGAAAUUCAAAAAUCAGUUAAAUUCGUUAAUGCGGUUCAAAUUUUUAUAAAAGGCUUGAUAUUUGAAUUAUUUAUUCCUAACGUUCUUAAAAAUUACUUUCCGGGAUUCUAUAAUAUGAAUAAGAAAUUCUCAAAGAAUUUGGAUUGGAUAAAUGAGACUAUUACCGAUAUAGUUAAGAAAAGAAGAACGGAAAUUGAGAAUGAUGAUGAGGUGGGUUCAGAUUUGAUAGAUGUACUAUUGACGUUAAACACUCCACGUGAUCCGAAUGGAUAUGAUGAAGGUGAAGCACCAUUGAGUGAUCCAGAAGUUUGUGCUACCCUCAUGGAAGUCAGCAUAGCCGGUAUAGAAACAACCGCAAAUACAUUCUGCUACUUAAUUUGGUUCUUGGCUCAUCAUCCUAAAGUUAUUGCAAGAUUUCAAGAAGAAAUUAAAGAGAUCCUAGGAGAUGACACGAAACUACAGAUUACCUAUGAAGAUUUAGAUAAAUUCACAUACCUUGACGCCAUUAUUAAAGAGUCUCAACGAAUCAUUCCAAUUGUACCACUUACACAACGUAGAAAUGCAAAAGAUGGUGAUCUUGAUGGAAAGAAUUUUGAGAGAGAUACAACUUUCUUAAUUAAUCAUGAACGAAUUCAAAAAACACCUGAUAUUUGGAAAGAUCCUGAUGAAUUUAUUCCAGAAAGAUUUUUAAAAGGAUCUGACCAUAAAAUUGCCAAGAAUAGUUUCAUUCCUUUCGGAGGAGGAAUAAGAAUUUGUCCGGGGAAAAAUAUGGCUCUGGUAGAAUUGAAAACUUUGUUAAUUUUAUUAUAUAGAAAGUAUGAUAUUGAGUUGGUUGAUAAGGUCUCAAAGAAACCGAAUAUUAAAUAUUUUGGGACCAAUAAUUGCGCUGAUAUGAAAGUCAUUAUACGCCAUAGAAAUCGUAAUAAUGUAUAA